CGCGGGCGGCGGCGGCGGCAGCAGCCUGUGCCAGAUAUUCCGGGAGGAGGAGGGGAUGUGAAGCUCUACUGUUAUUGCUGAGCCACGUUUGAGAUAGCUCUCCAAGCUGCUAAGCUUGGAGGUCUGGGUCUUGUCUCUGCUGCAGGGAUGUUCGGGUUGCCUAGUCUCCAGCCGUGACCUGGCCAGGGCUGCAGAGCCAUGUCAUCAAUUAUGGAGGGCUCAGAGAGGGGAGACAAAGGGGAAAACUUACACUAUGAGGAAACGGAAGAUGCCAAUGUCAGUCCCACCGACCUCUCAGAGCUGCUGAAGGAGGGGACGAAGGAAUCCCAUGAUCGUGCAGAGAACUGUCAGUUUGUCAAAGACUUUCUGAAAGGAAAGAUCAAGAAGGAGCUUUUCAAGCUGGCUACUGUGGCACUCUACUUCACGUACUCUGCUCUGGAAGAGGAAAUGGAUCGCAAUAAAGACAACCCAGUCUUUGCCCCUCUGUAUUUCCCUCUAGAGCUCCAUCGGAGAGAAGCAUUGGUCAGAGAUGUAGAAUAUUUGUAUGGAGAAGACUGGAAAGAGAAGAUCCAGUAUUCAGAAGCAACUAAGCAUUAUGUGGACAGAAUCCGUCACGUGGGGCAGCAUGAGCCAGAGUUGCUAGUGGCCCAUGCUUAUGUACGCUACAUGGGGGACCUCUCAGGUGGCCAGGUGCUGAAGAAGGUAGCCCAGAGGGCCCUGAAGCUGCCCAGUACUGAGGAAGGGAUCCAAUUCUAUGUAUUUGAAAACAUUUCCAAUGCACAACAGUUCAAGCAGCUCUACAGAGCAAGGAUGAAUGUUCUGGACUUGGACAAGAACACUAAGGAAAGGAUUGUGGAAGAAGCCAACAGGGCCUUUGGACUUAACCUACAGAUAUUUGAUGAAUUGGACAAGAUUGGCAUGUCACUAACAGAAGAAGCCCAAGAUGGAAGCAUCCCAGUCCAUGAUGGAAAAGGAGACCUACGCAAAUGCCCUUACUAUGCAGACAAACUGGCUGGCAAGGCAGGACCUGGCUGUCCCUAUCACGCUGCCAUGACCUUGGCGAAGCAGCCGCUAGUGCAGCUGAUCCUCGCAGCUUGUGUUGCUGUGGCCGCAGGAGCUGCAGCAUGGUACGUAAUGUGAUGGGAAGAGCAGCCUGCAGCUCUCGAUGGUGGUGAAAGGAGAGGGGCACCCUGUCCUUCUUCAGACUGUUCACCUGCUACUGGUGGAGUUGACUGCAGGGUGCAAGUAAGACAAUAAACAGAAUCCAAGGGACUGUCCAGGACUUUCUGCACACCAGUAAUACAAGCACUGUAAUAUCAUGUCUUAGCUAACUAGUGUACAGAGUUGAGUUGGUGAGUGGGUAUGAGGAUUCCAGGUCAGCACUGCUCUCUUCAGGCUGGGACAACUUGUAAGGCUAUGGAUGGCUUGUCCUGUACUGGCAAAGGCUUCAUGUGCUUGGCUUUCUAUCUCCUCCUUGGAAGUGGUCUCCACAGGGAGUUUCCUGCCCUGGGCUGCAGCCCAGGGCAGGAAUCAUCAGUCUUUUCAAAGAGCACUGUUUCUUAUCAUGAGAAACUGGGGCAGAGGUACUGUGCUGCUGCAGUGGCUGUGCUGCAGUGGCUAUGCCACAGGGCUCUUGGUUCAGAGAAGGAAUGUAUUGCUUGUUCCGGUGGCCUGGGGACCAAGUGUAACUUGUGCUGGGGGAAGGACUGUACCCUCUUAUAGGAUGGUUAGAGGGAGGGCUGUGCUCCCUGGAUGAGGGGUGGGACCAAAUGUGUGUGUGGGGGUAUGAAGGUGACAUGUUUAUUGUGCAACAGUGAUUUUGCUGAAGCCUUGACUGGAAUAAAAAGUUGCUAUGCUGCA